AUGUCCGGUCAGAUAGGCCUCCGUAACAAUCAUGCCCCCCUCAUCGACGCCAACAGUCUCCCAACGGUAGCGCAGCUCUCAGUAUACCUCCAAUCCCUAUUCCCCCAAAGAGAUGGAGACACGCGAUUUGAUUACCACGUUCCCCGGCCCAUCAGAUCCACCCCCCAUACCAGCCCGGCCUCCCACGCCGUGCUGAGCAUCACGCCGACGCCGGGCUUCUACGCUGCCCUUGCUGCGUCGCCUUCUCCGACACCACUGGGCUUCUUGCAGCGGCCGUGGCGGCUUGACGGGAGACGAGUCCCGCGUCUUGCCACGGUGCUGUCUUGUCACAAGGGGUUUGACGAGGUUCUUACCGUCGGGAACAAUGCUGCCCUUGCUUCUGUCCUGGGCAUGGACCUCGCGCGGAGUGCGGUCAUCCAGGGCUACAAGGGAGAUCCGGAUGGACGAUUCGCAUCUGAGCUCAUCCCGAACCUCUCCCUUCUCCACAUGCCUGUACCAAUCGAGGCAAUUGCUGCCGUCGAGGUACGGUAUGGAGGUGCUGAAAACGAGCCAGAAGAAGGCGAGGAGGCCCAGGAGGAUGAGGAGGAGGCCUGA